UUACAAGAUUGCAGUAGAGCUUAAGUGCGCAAAAAAAGAUAAUAACUUUUCUUGAUUAGAUAUCGUUGAUGUAAGGUCAAUAUGCAGAAAAUUAUUAUUUUCCUGCAGUACUUCACAAAUUAAUGAAAAUUGGGUCAAUAAUUUCAUAUAUAAAUUUCAUUGACAAUAAAAAAUUUGUCUUCAUUUUUAUAAAAAUGUUGUUUCUAUCAAUAUUGGUGUUUUCAAAAUUAGUGAUGGCUUAUCAUAAUCCUCAUUAUGUGAAAGGCCAUGAUACAAUGGUUCAUCUUUUUGAAUGGAAAUGGUCAGAUAUUGCUGAUGAAUGUGAAAAAUUCCUAGGACCAAUUGGUUUUGGUGGAGUACAGGUUUCACCAAUUCAAGAAAAUGUAAUCGUCACAAAUAGACCAUGGUGGGAGCGUUAUCAACCGAUAAGUUAUAAAUGGAAAACAAGAUCUGGAGAUGAUAAUGAUUUUAAAAAUAUGCUACAAAAAUGUAAUAAUGCCGGAGUGAGAAUUUAUGUUGAUAUUAUAUUAAAUCAUAUGAGCGGUGAUCAACCAACAAAUUUAGGAACUGGUGGUUCAACGGCUGAUACAAAAAAUUUUUACUAUCCAGCUGUACCGUAUAGGAGGAAUAAUUUUAAUUCAAAAUGCGAUGUUAAUAAUUAUACGGAUCCAAAAAAUGUACGAAAUUGUCAACUUGUUGGUUUACAUGAUUUAGAUCAAUCACAGGAUUAUGUUCGAAAUAAAAUGAUUGAUUUUAUGAAUUCUGCUAUUGAUGCUGGAGUGGCUGGAUUUCGUAUUGAUGCUGCAAAACAUAUGUGGCCAAAGGAUCUCAAAGAAAUUUAUUCAAAAUUAAAAAAUUUACCCACCGAUUUUGGAUUUAAAGAAAAUUCUCGACCAUUUAUUUAUCAAGAAGUAAUUGACUAUGGUUCGGAAAUUAUUUCAAAAAGAGAAUACAAUGAAAUGGCAGUUGUUACUGAAUUUAAAUAUGGGGCGGAAUUAAGUAAUGCAAUUAAAGGAAAUAAUCCAUUAAAAUGGCUUAUUAAUUGGGGUGAACAAUGGUCACUAUUACCAUCGAAGGAUGCAUUAGUUUUUAUUGAUAAUCACGAUACUCAACGAAAUACUAAUUCUGUUUUAACAUACAAAGACUCAAAAUUAUAUAAGGUUGCUGUUGCAUUUAUGUUGGCACACACCUAUGGCAUUCCUCGUGUAAUGAGUUCUUUUAGUUUUACUGAUUUUAAUAGUGGACCACCAACUGAUAAGAAUGAAAAUAUUUUAUCGCCUGAUAUAAAAGCAGAUAACACAUGUGGCAAUGGUUGGAUUUGUGAACAUCGUUGGCGUGAAAUUUAUAAUAUGGUGAAAUUUCGUAAUACAGUAAAUAAAACAAAAAUUGAAUCCUGGUGGGAUAAUGGAAAUUAUCAAAUUAGCUUUUGUCGUGGAAAUUCUGGAUUUAUUGCAAUUAAUUUAGAGAAACAUGAUUUAGAUAAAAUACUUCAUGUUUGCCUUCCAAAUGGCGUUUAUUGUGACAUUAUUUCAGGUGAUUUAAUUAAUGGUAAAUGUACGGGAAAAAAAAUUCAUGUUGAAAAUGGUAACGCUCACAUAACAAUAAAACACAAUGAAUUUGAUGGUGUUCUUGCAAUUCAAAUAAAUAUAAGAGAAUAAUUUAUUUAUCACUAGGAAGAAUUUAUUUAAAAAAAAAAAGAUGCAUUUUUUUUUGUCUGGAAAAGAAAUAAAUACAUGUAUGUAUUUUUCAACAAAUUUAUUUUUUAACAGAAACAAAGUAUGUAUAUUGUGUUUUCUCUUUUCACCAUUAAUUUCUACUAUACAUAAAAAUAUGAUCGUUAAUCAUAAAAAGUAAUACACGACAAAUUUGCGAAGACCAGUUUAAAAAAAAAAUGCAAAAAAAGAAAGUAAAUUAUAAAAAAAAAAAAAAAAA